CAGUUUCAGUCUUUUAAUGGUGCUCAUCGGCUGCGCGUUUGUUUCGCAUUGAUACGCUUGACUUUGCCGCCUAACAAACUAAUAAACAAAAACAGUUAAAUAAACACUUUGUCUCGUGUCGCGUAUAUCUCUGUGUGUCUGUGUGUUUAACAGAGUGUGAGUUGAUCUGCCUGCCUGUGUGUGUGUGUGUGUGUGCCAGUACACACGGUGCGCCCUCAUUGUGCUCUCGUGCACAUGAAAAUUUCAUUGAGCCGAAAGUAGCCGCAGAAAAGUGGAAAAUCCUAAAACAGUUAAAAGCAAAAAUAAAUAAUUAAAAAUCACACACAAGUGAAAUUGCCCAAAAAAAAGCAAAUAAAAACAACUAUUGAAAAUUGCGAAAUCCCUGGAAAGCUGCCAAGAAAUACAAAGCAAUUAGUUGCAAGUUCAAUAAACGCAACAGUGUUAAUUAAUCAUAAACAAUCAAUUCCCGGACAACGACAAGCAGCUCUUGGAAGAUGCAGUGCGGCCUGGAGCAAAUGAACGAUUGCGAACGCUCGCCAAAUCGGACAAAUCUGCGGGUCAACUUCAAUGAGAAGGGGGCGGAGGUCAAGGAGCGACGCGAAAAGUUCCUCACCGCCAAAUAUGGCUCACAUCAGAUGAGCCUGAUCAGGAAGCGUCUGGCCGUCGAAAUGUGGCUAUACGAUGAACUGCAGAAGCUCUUUGAUCCGCCGAGCGAGGCGAUCGAUGUGGAUAUUGAUGAAAUUUUAGACAUGGACACAGACGACAUAAGAAGAUCUCAUCUUAUCAGAUUACUGUCAGUCUGCAAACGCCCGCAAUCGGACAUAUCGAAGUUCAUCGGCGAUCUCUUGGAUCGCGCAAAAACGCUGUAAAUCGCCGGUUCUUCAAUAAAUAAAAAUGAAUAAAAAAAAUAAAUAAAAUAAAAGAAAGGAAAUCAUUUAACAUAUAUACUAACAUAUAAUAUGCAAGCGAAAUACAAUUUACUUUUAAGUUUAGCUGCUUUAAGAUCCACACAAGAACAAAGAAUAAAACCGAAUUAUCAUA